GGUAAACUACAAAAUUUAUCUUGGCCGACUUCUAAUGUUUUAAUUUGCCAACAUUUCACUCGCUUGUGAAUUUUAACAGCAUCAGGCAUCGAUUCAUUACUUUCUCUGUAAGCAAGGACAUUCACAAAACGAAAUAAGCAAUAGACCGUGGACAAAAGCUUUCGCGACGCCUAGCACCAUAUACACAAUGUUUGGGCAAAGAAAUGGCGCUGCCCGCUCGCAAGCUGCCUCUGCCCCUCAAAAGCAAAGUACCUGCAGACCAACCGAAGCUGAUAGCAUCACGACUCCGAUUCGUUGGAGAACUUCAUCCGAAUCUAUUUCUUCAAUUGAUUCAAAUAAUGUUCAAGCCAAGGCAUCGGCUGCAUCACACCAAUUUCAGCAUUCAUUUACACACCGCAUCAAUGGACAAAAUCAUCAACAAACUAAUUCUACAGCUAAUAAGGAACUCAACAUUCAGGUAGUCGUUAGAAUAAGAUCACGCAAUGAACGAGAGGUCAGGGAGAAUUCACCAAUAGCAGUACAAGCCCAAAACAAAGAGAUCUUGGUACCAUCGACACUUGGCGAUAGAGCACCGUCAAAAUCAUACAGCUUUGAUCGCGUCUUCUUGUACUCUGACCAAGAAUGCAUCUAUAGCGAAGUUGUGACGCCUAUCCUUGAGGAAGUACUUACUGGCUACAACUGUACGAUUUUUGCUUAUGGACAAACCGGCACUGGAAAGACAUUUACUAUGGAAGGUGAUCUCCGUGACAACUUUGGAGAAUGCUCAAGGGAUGCUGGUAUCAUCCCCAGAACACUUUAUAGCUUGUUUGCAGCCCUGGAAAAUAAGGAUACGGAAUUUUCGGUUCGCGUGUCAUUUCUAGAGCUCUACAAUGAGGAAGUCAAAGACCUUUUGGCACCAGAUGAUGACCGAAAAGUGGUCAAGAUCUUUGAUAACAUCAAAAAGCAAGGUCCUCUUAUUCAAGGUCUCGAGGAAGUAUCCGUGUUUACUCCAGCGCAGGGUAUUGAUGCGUUGAGGAAGGGUAGUGCCAAACGCACUGUUGCUUCCACAAAGAGCAACGAUAAGUCUAGUCGAUCCCACGGAGUGUUUUCAAUCACUGUGCACGUCAAAGAGGCCACAGAUGAUGGCGAGGAGCUUUUAAAGAUUGGGAAACUAAACCUGGUUGACCUUGCAGGCUCUGAGAAUAUCGCACGGUCGGGAGCGGAAGCAAUUCAAGCAAAGGAAGCAGGACGGAUUAAUCAAAGCUUAUUAACUUUAGGGCGGGUUAUUAAUUCUCUAGUAGAGAGAUCACAGCACAUUCCAUACAGAGAGAGCAAAUUGACCAGGCUUCUUGAGGAUUCGCUUGGAGGCAAGACAAAAACAUGUAUCAUCGCCACUAUAUCACCCGCCAAAUCAUGUCUGGAGGAGACAAUUAGCACCCUAAACUAUGCAAACAGAGCCAAAAACAUUAAGAACACCCCUGAAGUCAAUCAGAAAAUGUCAAAGAAGACACUUAUCAAGGAAUACCUUCUCGAAAUCGACCGCUUAAAAGCCGAUUUGAACGCAACUCGAGAAAAAAAUGGAGUUUUCAUGACGCAGGAGUCCUAUCAGGCGCUUCUCGAUGAAAAUACUAGUAACAAGGAUUUAGUAGGCGAGACACAGAAGCAAGCAGACAUGGUCGCGAAGGAGCUUGCUCGCAUAGAGGAGAAGUAUAGGGAAAAUAUGAAGGCGCUUUCGGCAACAGAACUCAAGCUUAGUAUAUCAAAAUCAGAACUAAAAUCCAAACGCAUUGAAUUACAGGAGGUACAGAACGAGCUGACUAAAACCAAACAGGUCUUGGAGGAGGAGGUAAUAUUGCACCAAGCCCAUGCUCACACCGAGAAUGAGCUCAAUACUGUUGCUGCAGAGCUUCGUGCAACUAUUAUUGAAAGUGUUAAGGAUAUCGAUGAUCUUUAUAAGGCACUGGAUAGGAAGGAUGUGAUUGAGCAUGAGAACCAAUUAGCAUUAAAAGGGUUUCAGAAGAAGCUAAUAGGUCUCUCUGGAGAGCUCAAGGAGCGUGUUCAGAGCUUUGGUAUAGGCCAAGUUGAUCUCUUAGCCUCGGUUAAAUGCAAAGUAGACAAGGCGUCCCAAGAUACGGUGGCCGAAGCAGAGAGCAUGCAGUCAUUUUUGAGUGUACAAAUGGAGCGCAUUUCAAACGCUGUAGAGUCCUUCGAUGCCCAGGAAAACAGUAUGUUGGAAAAGGUUCAGGCACUCAAGCAGGAGUUUGUCACUCUACGAUCGGAAGUGAUUGAAUUUUUGAGCUCACGGAUUGAAAUUUUGAAGUUGAAUGCUCAAGAGGGCUUCGAGGACUUGAAAAAGACUUUCAUAGAAUUUACUGAAUUCGUCGAACAACACCAAGAAGUCACGAAGAGGCAGGCCCUAAAAGUGAUUGAUGAUUCGACAAGGCUUUCCAAGGAGAGCUUCGAGGCUCAUCAACAUGCGCUUGAUAAGUACGAUAAAGUCACCCGCAGCGAGAUUGAGCACAUGAUGCUUCAGAAUCGAGCAUUACGACAGCAGCUGAAGGAGCAAGAGGCCGCGAAGGAUGAGAUUAAAAGGCAUCUACUGACGAAGAUUGGGGAUCUGGUAGAUGAAUUCCUAGAUAGUCAGGCCAAUACCCUGAUGGGAUAUUUCUCUAAUACACAUAAUAAGCUGGAAGACUCCGCCUUGAGAUUGGCAGACACUCACUCACAGCAGCGGACAUGGUUGACUGAAUUCGAGCGGACAGGGAUCAAAAAUAUACAGGCUCUCACCGAUUCAAGAAGUGCUCUUGGACAAGAAAGCGAUAAAGCAAUGUCCAGGAUUACCGACAAUAAACAUGAAUUUGUCGCCCAAGCACACGCCUUGGGUUCACAUAUCAGGAGUGAUUUGCAGUCACAGCAGGCGACCGUGCAAACGCGAAUGCUCGACGUGGGUACGAGAGUUUUGAAGGGUUACGAUGAGCUGCAGUCGCAACGAGCCGCUACUGCCAAGGUCUUUUCGCAGACCUCGGACCACACCAUCGCUGCGCUGCAGGAUUUAAAAACACGUACUUCAACGUCCACUACAAACGCAGAGUCAGUGUAUAAUACAACUUCCCGCGAAGUGGUGACUGCAAUAGAACAACUUCAGAAAUUUCGUGAAAAUGCUAAUCAGAGUCUGGGAACAACUCAAAAAGAGACGGAAGAGCUUGUGCUCCAUAAAUUCAAAGUGGAUAAUUCGAGAGAGAGAACUCCUGCACGUAGAGAAUAUCAAUAUCCUCGCACAUGGGGCCGUACUAGGCCGUCACAGGAAUUGUUGAAAGAAUUUCGCGAACUAGGUUGCGUCAAGACUUAUACGACGGACCAGGGCACUUAUCCCAAGGGACUUUCUGAUCUAGGCAAUAACAUAAUGACCUCAUUUGUACAAGACCAAGGACCAAGGAAUGUGUAUGCUUCACAGAUAGCGGGCCCUGAGGUCGAUGCAACAUCAAAAACUAGCACGACCGACAAUGACAGUUACGUCCAUGUUAUGAAAACCAUUCAUUCCACUGGCAUACAAACAAAGUCGCCGUCUAAAAGCUCUUCACAGUCGCCAUUUGGACAGGAAAUUGAGAAAGAGGAUAAUACGAGCACACAGUUAACAACAGUCAACCAAGGCAGCUACAUGAAACGGGACUCGACUAGUCUUAGCCAUGUGGUGACAGGAGUGCAAGCUAUACGUGUCAAGAGAUCUGCGUCAGACAUGGACAACGAGUGUGGAGAUGAGACCAUCUCCCAUCAUACAGAUGACAAAAACAAUAACUUGAAUGAUAUCGACAACAGUGCGCAAGCUUCUUCGGCAGGGCUUUUGAAGACGCAAACAAUAUCUAAUCAAAAAGACCCAUUAUUCUCAGAUGUCGACACUACUGCGCACUUUAUCCCAGUAGUGGCCGCGACCUCUGGAGUUGCGGGGUUCGGUAUGGGCAAAUCAGGGUUGAUGAACGGGGUUGAAGGCCCUCGUAAAGUCAGCCGAUCAAUGGCAGGAGGAAAGCCUGUGAGGCGUGGUUUUCUUUCUGGGAAUAAUAGGUCAUGAAGGGACUUCCCAGGGCUUAUUUAUAUACCAUUGUUAUUUAAAAUACUAGCACCAAUGCUACUCAAAAUGAUGACCUUUAUCAGAUUCAUAAUAAAUAGGUUGGUC